AUGCGGCCCCGAGCAGUAUCUUAUCUCCUGACACUCCUUAUCUACGCUCGACUUGCUACAGUAGCUUCGAGUUAUAGUGAUAAGGCGUGUUGCAAUAGAGCCCGCGAGAAAAACGCUUUUGUCUCUCCCAACAAUGGCAUUGCCACUCUCAUGGAUAACAUCGUCUGCGGGCAGAGCUACAAUGAGUCUUAUUCGGCCGCACCUGACGCCUACGUCACUUAUAAUUUCUGCAAGAGCGAAUGCAGCGGCUGGGGCAUCUCCAGCACAGACAACCUGGACCAGUGGGCUGGGUCAAUUGUCCAGUUCCUCCUUCCAUCCGUCAUCUUCAGCAUGAACAUCCCCAGGCGCUUCGAAUUCAUUUCGUCGCGAUGGCUGGAAGAUUUGGUCUUGAGGAAUCAACAUGGUUGGAAACGAGCCGUAUUGUCGCUGCUAAUGACGAUACCGGCACUGCUGUUUGUUACUGCCGACGCCAUUAUAUGGGUUAUGGCUAUCAUGAGCAUGGCGGGCCCGAUGAUGGUCGCCGGGCUGCACGAAGCACUGCUCGACUUCAAGAUUCUAAAGGCGUUGGAGAGGAGGACUUACAUUCCGGGGAGAGUCGGCGGUGAGCCGAAUGUGCCUAGCGAAAUCGCUCUGGGCCCUUUGGGAGAAAACGUGGCUAGGAAUAACGUGGCGGGUGAAAUUAUGCCCAAUGACCAAGGCAUAGGUGCCUUGAGGGAUAAGGUAGAGCUCCUGGUGACUGUCCUUGCUGGGAACCUUCAGCUCGAGCCCUACCGCGGCAACCUGAUUGUGUUGAUUUCUGAUGCGCUACUGGCUACACGGAGACGUCGGUCCACGGCCGCGACACCGCCUCGUCCGCAGACACCUCCAGACUUCCUCGCACCAGAAGGUCCUGAGGUUGAGGAGGCUCAAGGCGACAGAGUCCAGAUGCUUGCCUGGAAUGAGGCGAACCAGAACUAUCCGAGCAUGGCCGAGAAGCUCAAGAGGCUCAUGACGGCGCAGUCGGCUUUCGGCGCCAUCGUCGGGGCGGCGAUCGUUUUCUACCUCGGCGCCUUUCUCUACACCAUCCUGGACCUCCUCAACGAUAAGAGUAACCAGGAUGCCGCCAUCUCGCUGGCUUUUGGCCCAGUGUUUAUGUGGCGCCGCGGUGUUAAUAAAAGGGAAUGGCUCGAGGAGGCGGGAGCGUGGCAGCGUGGCAAUCAAGCGUUCAUGGAUGACGUCCGAGUCAAGAAGCGGGAGUAUCUAGGCUGGAUCAUACUGCCCACCAUCAUUCUUAUUUCCCUGCCACCGGCGGCGGGGGCGGUGGUGGCGUGGCAGACUCCCCCAGCUGGUUGGGGCUGCCGGUCACUCAGCUUUGUCACUUAUGCGGGCUUCCAGAUAGUGCUUACGCCGUUGUACUUCAUCGCCACACGCAGGACGGUGCCGAGGACAAUGUCCCAGCGCGUCAUCCGCUGGCUCUGGGUUCUAGUGUUCAGCCUCACACUCUUGCUGGCUCUAUUCACCAGCAUCGCGACGACUCUCAUGCAGAUCAUUGGAGUCUUUCGGAACUGCUUCUGUUACGUGAACACCGACAUGUGGCUCAACCUGGACAACGCUAUUGUUAACGUAGCUUCUGACACGAAAAACCGGAGGAGCGCAAGCGACGGAUGGAUUGUUAUGGGCGGAGUUGCCACGGUUUUCAUGGCAAUUUGUUCUUUUUUCGGGUGGUGGUUUCAGAUGAACAUCCGGGCCACGUUCGAGGAUGCGAUUAGGGAUAUUGACAAGUCAUUUUAAAUCGAGUGUACGAUAAGUGUAGGAGCUUAUGGCUGCCCAUCAUUGGACCCGUCGUUGACUAUCAAUGUCGCAGGUUAGGAUAGGAAAGACGGACUCACAUGGCAUCGGAUUAAAACAACUCUGAUAUUAAAUAACUCUCUCUAUUAGCC